CAUUAUGGGACGGAGCCCGGAGGGAGAAUAUAAUUAAAGUUGUAUACUCACUAAUGAUUGGUGGGCUACCUUUAUAGGAAGAGGAAGUUGUAUAAGAGUGAGUACAAAGGUGUAAAGGUAUAAAAUAAAAAAAGAAGAAGGAGAGAAGAAUGGGAGGGGAGUGGAAAGGAUUAGUGCAACUGCUGGUGCCAAUAAGUGUUCAUUUGAUAGCAGAGGAGAUGACCAGAUCUGUUCUGGUUGAUGUCACCACCAAAGCCCUCUGCCAUCUCCAUUCCUCUUGCUCUCAGGCUAUUUACAUCACUGGACUCCAACAAACUGUUGUUGGGAUAUUUAGAAUGGUGGUUGUUCCUCUACUUGGCCAGCUUUCAGAUGAUUAUGGUAGAAAACCGUUCCUACUUAUCGCUGUAUCGACGACGAUCUUACCUUACAUUUUGCUUGUCAUCAAUCAGUCGGCGGGUUUCGUGUACGCGUACUAUGCUCUUCGGACGCUUUCUAACAUAUUUAGCAGCCAUGGCAACCUUUUCUGCCUUUCCUUUGCCUAUGCGGCGGAUGUUAUUGAUGAGAGCAACAGAUUUGCAGUUUUCAGUUGGAUGACUGGUCUCUUUUCGGCUUCCCAUGUCCUCGGAGAUGCCUUGGCGCGUGUUCUUCCCGAGAGCAUCAUCUUUCAGGUUUCAUUAGGUCUCUUGAUAUUCGUCCCCGUGUAUAUGGCAUUGUUUCUAGUGGAGACAAUCAAGCAAACAAGCGGAGCGAAUCAAAGUUUUCCUCAAGUGAAUAAGGCUAAAAGGAUUCUAUGGGAGCGAUACGACUCUAUGCGGUCUGCUGCACGUAUUGUCCUCAGCAGUCCAACACUGAAGUGUGUCAUUCUAAUUUCUUUCUUCUUCAAGUUGGGAGUUUCCGGCAUUGACGCGGUCUUGUUGUAUUAUUUGAAGGCUGCGUUUGGAUUUGACAAAAACCAGUUGUCAGAAGUUUUGAUGGUGGUGGGAAUAGGUUCAAUUAUAUCUCAGAUGGUGGUGCUUCCGGUUAUCAAUCCGUUCGUUGGGGAAAAGCUGAUCUUUUUUGUAUCCUUGUUGUCAUCACUAGCAUAUGCAUUGCUUUUACCUAAACGAACCCGUGGGACCCAUACAAGAAAAGACUUAUGCUGUGAUAUCUCGAGCAACAAGCCCAAGCGAUCAGGGAAAAGUGCUAGGAUUUGCUGCUGGGGUGAGAGCAAUGGCGUAUUUCUUGUCGCCAUUGGCAAUGACCCCAUUGACAACUUUGUUCUUGUCUGAGAAUGCGCCGUUCAACUGCAAGGGGUUCAGCAUUUUAUGUGCUUCUUUGUGCUUUGCCAUCUCCUUGUGCUGCGUGUGCACGCUGCCAACACAAACACUGCCAAACAAGGCUUCCGAGAACGACACCAUUGAAGCGCCGCUUCUUUAUUGAACAAACACGAAGGCUAAAAUUCAGCAGCUAUAGAAAUGGCAGAAUUUGGAUGGCAAAAGUUACUGCCCAUUUAUCAGUCUCACAAAGUGAUGAAAUGUUUUUUUUCUUCACAUAAAUUGCAUAGUUUUGGAUCAUAAAAUCACUGCAAUUCAUUCAACUGUCCAAAUGCCAAACUCUCUGUAGCAUUAUUAUCAUGUUAAUAUUACAGAUUACAAUACUUCUCUGUACACUGGUCUUUGCUAAUACUCUAUACUGAAAAUAAAUUUAAUAGUUUGAC